AUGGGUCGAACAUGGAAGCCUGAACAGAUUAUGGCUGAUUUUGAAACCAGCUUGAUUCCAGCACAUCCAGAAAGUGCUCACAAAGGAUGCCAUUUUCAUUUUAAUCAGUGCAUAUAUCGACGUAUCCAGUUACUUGGUUUAGCCACAGCUUAUUCACAAGUUGAAUUAGUUCGAAGUUGUUGCCGUAAACUGAUGGCAUUACCACUUUUACCAACUCAAGAAGUUGAAACUUCUUUUUAUAAUUUACGUGCACCAGCACAUCCAACAGUGAAGAAACAACUUCGCGAUUUAUUUUUAUAUUUUGAUGAUUAUUGA